AUGACACAACGUCGUACGUUCACGGGUCGUAAAGAAGGUGAUCGUAAUCGAUCAUUAAUGGAAUUCAUAAUUAAGGAUGAAACACCAGAAGAAUUUCCACGAAUUUCAACUGAAAAUGAACGUUUUUCAUGUGAAGUUUGUAAGAAAACAUUUAAAGAUCAAAAUCAUUUAAAGACUCAUUUUCGAAAUCAACAUACAAAAGUGAAUAGUUUUCCAUGUGAUGUUUGUGAUAAAACAUUUGCACACCAAAGUAUGUUAAUUCCACAUAAACGAACUCAUAAUGGAGAAAAACCAUUUUCAUGUGAUAUCUGUUAUAAAUCGUUUACACAACAAGGUAAUUUAGUGAAUCAUAUACGUAUUCAUACCGGUGAAAAACCAUUUUCAUGUGAUCUUUGUGUUAAAUCAUUUAAUGUGAAAAGUCAUUUAACUAAACAUAAACUAAUACACGUGCGAGAAAAAGAGGGUGAAAAACGUUUUUCAUGUGAUAUUUGUAAGGAAAAAUUUGAUGAACGAAGUGAUUUAACUCAACAUAAAAGAACUCAUAAUUGUGAUAAAUCAUUUACACAACAAAGUAAUUUAAAUAGACAUAAACUUAUACAUAAUGGUGUAAAAGAAAAACCAUUUUCGUGUGAUAUCUGUUGUAAAACAUUUAGUUACGAUAGUAGUCUUAGUCAACAUAAACGUACGCACACCGGUGAAAAACCAUUUUCAUGUGAUAUUUGUGAAAAAACAUUUAAUCAACAAAGUAUUUUACUUCGACAUAAACUUAUACAUACUGGAGAAAAACCAUUUUCUUGUGGUAUUUGUUAUAGAACUUUCGCUCAACAAGGCAAUUUAAUCAAUCACAAACGUACUCAUUCUCGUGAUAAACCACAAAUUAUACAGGGUGUCCCGUAAGUACCGCAUGCUUUUGUUGCAUCAGGUAGAAACUAAAAUUCUAAGACGAAAAGUCUCCUUCCAUUUUUUGAUUCGAUGCACGGAUAGUUAGCUAUUAAUUAAAAUAGGCAGCCAAUCAUUGUAACUAAAAAUUAAAACCACUCAACUCUGACUAAAACUAAUUAUUGAUUUUGGAUAGAUUAAAAAUACUGCCUAUUUUAAUUAAUAGCUAACAAUCCGUGCAUCGGAUCAAAAAAUGGAAGAGGACUUUUAGAAUUAUAAUUUUAUUUUCUACCAGAUGCAUCAAAAGUGUGCGAUACU